UCCUUCCAACCAAAACAACCAGCCCCGUAUCGCCUGAAGCCCAAUCCAUGGCUUGCGAAGCGAAGAACGCGGGGCCUCGGCCGCCUACUCCCCGGAAGCGGAAGAAGGGCAAACGAGCCGUCCCCUCCCACGCGCCGCCGACAGAAGCGCCCGCCACCGCAGCCCCAGCCGCCAUGGAGGCCGAAGCGGAAGCAGCCGCUACGACGUACGUCUACGACGCCCUCCCGGGGCUGACCCUGGCCUUCUCGCCGGAGGAGGCUCUCGAUGACGGCGCUGAGCCCCGGGCGACCCCCGCCGCCGCGGGGCAGGACGAGGAUGACGCGACCGCGACCUACGCCGUCUUCCGCAACGAGAUAACGGCGGCUGGGGAUGCGCUCGUGGACAUUCCCGCGGCAGACUUCUUCUCGCUUGACGUCUCCGCCUCUGCCUCCGUCGAGGCCGAGGCCGAGCCGGCCUCUCCGCAGGCCCCGGCAUCUGCGGCCGCGGCGGCGACGCCCUCGAGCUCCCGCGCUGCGGAGGAGCAGCCAGCGCAGGGGUCGGAGCGCGCGUGGUUCAGGGGAGGGAGGCGGUUCAGGAGCCCCAUGCUGCAGCUACACAAGGAGAUUCUCGACUUCUGCGAUUUUAUCUCACCUUCUACUGAAGAGCAAUCUUCACGGACAGCUGCUGUGCAAUCUGUCUCCGAUGUUGUCAAACAUAUAUGGCCUCAGUGCAAGGUGGAAGUCUUUGGAUCUUUCAGAACAGGGCUCUAUCUACCAACAAGUGAUAUUGAUGUUGUAAUAUUUCAGUCCGGAGUUAAGACUCCUCAACUUGGCCUAUAUGGUCUUGCUAAAGCAUUGUCUCAGAAAGGUGUUGCUAGAAAGAUACAGGUAAUAGCAAAGGCACGUGUGCCAAUUGUGAAGUUUGUGGAAACUAAGAGUGGAAUAGCUUUUGAUAUCAGCUUUGAUAUUGAUGGCGGGCCACAAGCAGCAGACUUCAUCAAGGAUGCUGUGAAGAAGUUACCUGCUUUAAGACCUUUAUGUAUGAUUCUGAAGGUUUUUCUGCAUCAAAGAGAGCUUAAUGAGGUCUAUUCAGGUGGAAUUGGGUCAUAUGCUCUUCUCACAAUGCUGAUCACACAUCUACAGUUGAUGUGGGGUGGGAAAGAUAUUCUGGGGUAUCGUCAGCUCAAGGAGCACAAUUUGGGAAUUCUUUUGGUCAAGUUUUUUGAUUUUUAUGGACGCAAGUUGAACCAUUAUGAUGUUGGAAUAUCUUGCAACUCUGCAAAUACCUUCUUCUUGAAAAGUGAUAAAGACUUUAUGAAUCUUGAUCGGCCCCAUCUUUUAGCUAUACAGGAUCCCAUGGUGCCAGAUAAUGAUAUUGGAAAGAAUUCGUUUAACUACUUCAAGGUGAAGUCAGCAUUUUCGAAGGCAUACUCCGUGUUAACUGAUGCAAACUUGAUUACAAACUUGGGGCCUAAGAGGAGCAUUCUGGGUACCAUUGUCAGACCUGAUUCAGUUCUCCUUGACCGAAAAGGCUGGAACAACGAAGAUAAGUUGCCUGACAUGUUAACGGAACCCUGGGAACCGGUAACCCGGCAGUUUGACAGUGAGAAUGAUGUAGUCUACAAUUGGCAUGUGAUAGAUGAGGAUGAACCAUUGCCCAGAAAUAGCCAAUGCACAUCUGAGGACACUAGCUCUUCCCCAUCUAAAAAACGGAAGUCCUCCAAAUCAAAACAGAAAUCACGAAAGAAGUCGAAGGCUGAUGUCUCAGGCAGUAGUAAUGCUGCAAAUGGGUUCGAAGAGGAUAGAGCGUCCAAGCGGGGAGCAGGAAGCAGCAAACGAAGGAAGGGGCCAAGGGAGUACGACAGAUUUACAAAUACACUCCCACAAUACACGCAUGUUAGUAGGUGGUAACUUUUAUGGUUGCUAAUAGCAUUUACACUGGUCUCAGAGAUCCAGCAGAAUUUGACACUGAGAAGAGCAUCGUGUUACAUUAUUGUACACCUGGCGAAGACAGGCUACCGAUGAUUAUUUGAAGCCCCAGUGUAUUGUUUGUUUGUCUAUCUAUUUAACCUCUAUCCUUUAUGUAACGGAUAUCAAGCUAAGAUCUAGUUAUAUACUUAUAUAAUUUCAGCAUGCAGCAAUUUUUUUGGUAA